CUCAAGCCGCUGCUGCCGGCAAGAGCGCAGGCUCAGCCUCCUUUAUCCAGUGGGACCGCAAAGGGUCACUCUAAAAAUUGCUGCUGCUGGGGCUUGUCAGGUGGCUGCUGGUGGCUCCCCACCGGAUUUUCCUUCUGCUUCUCUCUCUCUCCACAGAUUGCUUCCCUAGAGGAGUCUGCUGCUAACACUUCACCGUCACCAGUUGGGCUGCCAUUCACACAGGAGGGCCACCAAUAAAACAAUCUUUUAAUGAUGGAGAAACAGAGUAUUUAGUAUUUCAGUAUGAAGCACUCAAAUUACUCCUCAAGUUCAAGAUUUCCUCUAAAACACAAGCUCUGCCUGUAACAGUGUGUUUGCCAACAUGGCACCCAAAAAGAAGACUGUCAAAAAGAACAAAGGAGAUAUCAAUGAGAUGACUAUAAUUGUAGAAGAUAGCCCCCUAAACAAACUGAAUGCUUUGAAUGGGCUCCUAGAGGGAGGUAAUGGCCUUAGCUGCAUUUCUUCUGAAUUAACGGAUGCUUCUUAUGGCCCCAACCUCUUGGAAGGUUUAAGUAAAAUGCGGCAAGAGAGCUUCCUGUGUGAUUUAGUCAUUGGAACCAAAACCAAAUCCUUUGAUGUUCAUAAGUCAGUGAUGGCUUCAUGCAGUGAGUACUUUUACAACAUCCUAAAAAAAGACCCAUCAGCUCAAAGGGUGGAUCUCAAUGAUAUCUCACCACUAGGCCUGGCGACUGUCAUUGCAUAUGCCUACACCGGAAAGCUGACUCUCUCCCUGUAUACCAUAGGAAGCAUAAUUUCUGCCGCUGUUUAUCUUCAGAUCCAUACUCUUGUAAAGAUGUGCAGUGAUUUUCUGAUUCGGGAGAUAAGUGUUGAGAAUUGCAUGUACGUCGUUAACAUUGCUGAAACAUACUCCCUGAAAAGUGCAAAAGCAGCAGCCCAGAAAUUUAUCCGGGAUAACUUUCUUGAAUUUGCAGAAUCAGAUCAGUUUAUGAAGCUUACGUUUGAACAAAUUAAUGAACUUCUUAUGGAUGAUGACUUACAGUUGCCUUCUGAGAUAGUAGCAUUCCAGAUUGCAAUGAAAUGGUUAGAAUUUGACCAAAAGAGAGUGAAAUAUGCUGCAGACCUUUUGAGCAAUAUUCGCUUUGGUACCAUCUCUGCGCAAGACCUGGUCAAUUAUGUUCAAUCUGUACCAAGGAUGAUGCAAGAUGCUGAUUGUCACAAACUUCUUGUAGAUGCUAUGAACUACCACUUACUUCCAUAUCAUCAAAACACAUUGCAGUCUAGGCGAACAAGAAUCCGAGGGGGCUGCCGAGUCCUAGUCACUGUAGGGGGACGCCCAGGCCUUACUGAGAAGUCCCUUAGUAGAGACAUCUUGUAUAGAGACCCUGAAAAUGGAUGGAGCAAGCUUACGGAAAUGCCAGCCAAGAGUUUUAAUCAGUGUGUGGCUGUGAUGGAUGGAUUUCUUUAUGUGGCCGGUGGUGAAGACCAGAAUGAUGCAAGAAAUCAAGCCAAGCAUGCAGUCAGCAAUUUCUGCAGAUACGAUCCCCGCUUCAACAGUUGGAUACACCUGGCCAGCAUGAACCAGAAGCGCACGCACUUCAGCCUGAGCGUGUUCAACGGGCUCCUUUACGCCGUGGGCGGCCGCAACGCAGAAGGCAGCCUGGCCUCGCUGGAGUGCUACGUGCCCUCCACCAAUCAGUGGCAGCCGAAGACGCCCCUGGAGGUGGCGCGCUGCUGCCACGCCAGCGCGGUCGCGGACGGCCGCGUGCUGGUGACCGGCGGCUACAUCGGCAACGCGUACUCGCGCUCCGUGUGCGCGUACGACCCUGCCAGCGACUCGUGGCAGGAGCUGGCGGCGCUGAGCACGCCCCGAGGCUGGCACUGCGCCGUCACUCUGGGCGACAGGGUGUACGUGAUGGGGGGCAGCCAGGUAGGCCCGCGCGGCGAGCGCGUGGACGUGCUGACGGUGGAGUGCUACCGCCCCGCCACCGGCCAGUGGGGCUACGCGGCGCCGCUGCAGGUGGGCGUGAGCACCGCGGGCGCUUCGGUGCUGCACGGCCGCGCCUACCUGCUGGGGGGCUGGAACGAGGGCGAGAAGAAGUACAAGAAGUGCAUCCAGUGCUUCAGCCCCGAGCUCAACGAAUGGACGGACGACGACGAGCUGCCCGAGGCCACCGUGGGCGUGUCCUGCUGCACCCUCUCGAUGCCCAACCACGUGACUCGGGAAUCCCGGGCCAGCUCGGUGUCCUCCGUGCCAGUCAGUAUCUGAACCCAGCUAGAUGCGGGGACGCAGGAAGAACAGUCACGUGGUUAACCUUUGAGUUAGCGAGAAGGAAAAUAUAUAACAUUUACUACAAUGGUUGUAUUUUAAAAUAUAUCGAGGCAUAUGUCUUGAUGGUUUUAAGUUCCUGGUAUGGCAUAAUCUACCUCUGUGUAUUUUUUUUUUUUUUUUCUUCUUCUUUUUUCUAGCAAAAUACAGGGUCGUGGCCAACAAAAGAAACAGGAUUUAUUUCAGCGGCCACUGGGUGGCAGGCGGAACUCGUCGUAGGCUCCCUUCCAACGUACAGCGGUUACACCCACAUUUGAGAUUUUUCUCCUACAUUUUAGUACACACGACGCUUAUGUGAGUAAGAGAUCUCACGUUCAAAAGUUUAUUUUCUUCUCUCUCUUGUUUCUUUAGGAAGUUGAAAAUACUCAUUUAUAGGUUUUAUUUUAAAAUGGACAUCGUUUGUAUCCAUAAAGACUUGAUUUAAUUCUAUAUUUUAACAAUUUCUUUUCGACACUUGCCUUGAGUAAAGGAUUUUGAAAGGCAUCCAAUGGCAAAGACACAAAGCUUAAAACAAAAUCUGACUGGAAAGGAGCAGGAAUUCCACCCAGAAACUGUCAAGUUGAUACCUUUGGGUUAGAGGUGAUUCCUGUCUUGGUCAGUACCUCAGGCGCCAGUGUAUUUUCUUCCACAAAACCCUGCUCUCAAAGAAGAAACUGAUAUUAUUAGUCAUUUAAUUUAUAGUGUUAGUUUAAAUCAUUUUGUUAUUUCUCCUGGAUACGUUUGCACUUUAUCCCUUGUCCUCUAUUAAAGGAAAUUCAGGUACCCUGAGGCCCUUACCCUCACCCUAAAACCUACACCAACGUGGUUAAAGGCAACCUUGGUCCUUUUGAAAGCCCUGGGAAGAACAUUGCUUUAUUCCUUAAGAGCAUUGUUUUAUUUGGUAAAAUAAAACAAUGUUCUUAAGGACCAUUAACUUAAAGCUCAGAUAACUUGAAGGUUAUACAACCAAUAACAGUACGUUGAUUUGCCCCACUCCUUUACGUGAGGAGAAUGAAAGGAAACAUUUGGAAUUUUUGGAUUUGGCGAUAACUGUAUGAGUGGGUUCUCCUGUUAGUAAAUACCAUUAUUUGCCAUUUCGUAUCAGUCCUCCUGAUUUCUUAGUUAAAAAUCUAACACAUUCAUGUCCAUAGAAAUAUUAUGAUAAUGUAUGCUCAUUCUGCUCUGUGUUUAUUAAUCUCAUCUGUUCCAAGUUAGCUUUGCAAAUCAAAGUGUAUCCACUUGAUAUCAUUUUUCUUACUUGCUUGCCAAGUUUUGGGGAAAGGUAAUGAUUGUAGUAAAUGAUACAUAUUUUCCUUUCUAAUAAUUUAUCACUUUAUUCUUUGAUAGUUUAUUUGUUUUGGAGAGGAAGUUGCCUAUCAUUUAUGGGUUAUGUGCAAUUGGAGUUUGAAAAAUAAAAGAAACUAUUUAAAGUGUUAAACAUGAGCUAUAUAUGGAAAUAUUACUUGGUCUUUAUUAAUCCCUUCCUCUUCUACCUUGUGUAGGUAGGUUAUUGCUAGAGUUGUGAUAUUUAUAUCUAAAAUAUUUUGUUCGAACUGUGAAAAAUGGUUCAUAUAGUACCUUGGUGGAACAAUUUUAUCAUUGCCCCUUAUGAACAGUUCAAUCUCUGGGCAUUUAAUGGUAAUACUCAAGUAAAGGCUACAAACACUGUAAAUUAAGAACAAGACAUCACUAAUGUAAAAACACUGGGCUGUUUCUUCAUCCCAUACAGAGAAUGAGGUGUUUCACCAAGCACAGAGCAGAUCUAAAGGGACCUAUCCCUUUGAAUCCUUAUCUGCCCAGGCUGGAAAAUAAAGCUCUGUGAGAAACUAGUUUAUGGAGCAAGUUAAAUCACUGAGCUCUUAACUUACUAAUGAUACAACUUAUAUAUCGCCUUUAUCCUUGCAGCAGCAUUGGUAAAAUAAACUUUUUAUUUUUCAUCAAUCAUUUGGCCACAACUUGUAAAGCCUAAGUGAGGGUGACUAUAAUAUAUUUUACCUUGGUAUAUGUGUGUGUGGAUAUAUACACAUAUAUUUACACACACAUACAUCUGAAGAGCAUAAAUUAUAUUGUUAAUUUGAAAGGGGAAAAGUGCUUUACUGUGGAUUAUAGAUCAUAAGUGGGCAAAUAGACAUAAUUCCUUGAUGUACACAUAGAUAAUCUUAGAAGUAUUCUGUGAAGAGGAGGACCUAGUGCUCACAAUGAAAUAAGAAUCAAUCAGUUGUAACAUUUUAUGGUGGAAGAAUGAGGAAAGAUACUAAAACUAAAUGAUUUUUCAUCUGUCAGAGCUUGGUAAGAUGGGUUGUGCAAAAACUUGGCAGUGGCUUUCUACAGAUAAAAUCGGAGGCAUGUGAGAGCUAGAUAAAUCAUUUAAAAUUAUCAUGUAACUUAUUCUCUGCAUUGUUUAUCCGAAGACUCAGAAAAUACACGUAUCUGAGCUUACCAGUUUCCUGGGUGCAUUGCUGUUCUGUUUUCUGCUUCAACAGUUAAGUCAGUAAAGACUAAUGUGAAUUUGGAAUGCCAGAAUUUCUGACUUAACACAUUGGUAGGGAGUAGGGAAUAUGUGGGUUGGUGAAAGUUUUAUAUCCUGCACUGCCUAUUGAAAGAUACAAAAGUAUGCAGAAUCAAAAUAAUGUGUGUCACUUUUCAUGGGUAAGUGAAACAUUUUUUUUAAGCCAUUGAAGCAGUUGCUAUAAAAUGUUAUGGUUGUCCUAUAAAAUGUGAUGGUUUUUCCAUGGUUCCCAACUAGAUAACUUCAUUUUUAUUAUGUUUUAAUCUUACAUUCAGUUACACUUCCAAAUCUUAGGAUCCAACCAUGUGCUUCCUUAUAUUUUUCUGAAAGAAAAGCACUUGUUAUUUUUGUAACACCUGAGUCCUAUGAUGAAAUUAAGGCAUCAGUUCAGUGUAUCUGAGAAAUACAAUGUUACCAAGCAGCUGAAAUAAUAAAACUCAAGCUCUCUUUAUAUGAAUGGGCCAGAGACCUGAUGAGAAGUCUCCAGGAAGCCAGACUUUAAUGUAGUUUGUCCAUUUUUAGUUAGGCUCUUGGUGCUGAGUUGCCAUCACUGAUACAUUAGUUGCUUGCAGUGCAUUGAAUGAGUUUUAUUUUUAUUUCCCGUGUUGUAAGAAUGGUUAUGAAUAGAAAGUCAGUAAUUAUACAGAGUAAUAUAAUUCUAUACAAUGGAGCAGUAGUGGAGUGUUAUAGGUGAGGAGCUAUACUUGAGGUAAUGAGGAAGUGAGUACUGAAUGGUUCUAUGACUUAAGGCCGAGCAGCAAUUAUAGUAAGUGUAUUUUACAAACAUGCAUGUAAAUAGAGGUUUACCUGGACAUAUGAAAGUGUUAAAAGGUCAUUUUUUUUUUUCUGAUUUUCCUGGCCAAGUGUCUUCACAAUGCAUCCAAGUUACUAGAUAAAAAAAAAAAAAAAAAAAAAAAAAAAAAAGAACACUAAAGUCAAUUCUUCAUUUAUUUUUCUCUUAGUUACAACCAAAUGAAUUUGUAUAGUCUCUGAAUGAACUAGCUCCCCAUCCCAGCCACUGACGAAUAUGUUCUUUAGCACAAGGCAGCAUUAAAAGGAAUUACUUUUCAAUAUUUCUUUUCAUACCAAUAAAAACUAUAGCAUAAUUUCCCAAACACUCCUCCAUGGGUGAUUAUGAAAACUAAAGACUUUAAAAUAUUAAAAAUUUACCCUCCAGAACAUUCAGAAGGUAAAGACCAUUUAAUUUCCCUCUCAGGGAAUUUGAAAUAAAAAUACUUGUCUUGAAUACUGUUAAAAUACUUUUUAUUUAUUCAGCAAAUUUAGGUAAAAAAAAAAAUUAUUUGUUUGCCUAAAACAUUCUGGUACUAUACGAGGAACAACACAUUAAAAUGUAUGUAGUGUUAUUUUUUGACCUCAUCACUAUCAAUAAAGCUGCACUCAAUAAGAACUUAGUGAUCAAA